AUGUGGGCACCAUUUGACACUUUGGAGGACUCUCAGUUUUGCAGCAGUGUUGCUGCGUUGUCUACUCAUGAAGUGCCCAGUGUUUCAUCUGUUACUCCAGUUGGGGUUUCCUUGCAGGACAUUGCUACCCAGAUAUCCUCUGCGGUAACUGAUGCCCUGGUGGCUUUUCCUACAUUACAGGGGAAGCGUAAAAGGAGAUAUAAGGAUUCAGGGAUUAAGGAUGACAGAUUGUUUAGGAAUCCUGGGAAAUUAAGCCCUCUGCUGUUACCACAAGAAACACAUGAAGUACAACUAUCUCCAACAUUUGGAGCCAAUGGUGACUGUACCAUAGAAGAAAUAAAUACCUUGGGGUCACCUAUAAGUACAGUCCCAACAUGUGUGGAUGAUGCUAAUGGAAUCAAAGACAGAGUUACAGAUGGCUUUGCUGAGAUGUUUUCUGUUGACGAAGAGGAGAAUCCACCAACUUCUGCUUGCAAUUUGUCCUCCAGUAUGGCUGCCCUGUUAUCUGGUCCCCUCCUGAAUCAGGAUAUAGAAGUUAGUAAUGUGUCUAUGAACAGAAGCCGGCUUUACCGGUCACCAUCUAUGCCAGAGAGAUUAGACCGACCUAUGUUAAAGAGACCUGUGAGACCUCAAGAUAAUGAAACUCCCGUUAGAAUUAAGAGGCGACGAAGCACCAAUAGCCCUUUACAACCAGAUGCAGAAGAGACUGCCAAGACAAGAAGAAUGGGUGGUACUCCUUUAAAGAAGACACUAUCUCUAUGUGAUGUUGAUAUUUCCCAAGUUUUGGAUGAGGACUGUGGUCACAGACACCUUAUUGGAGAUUUUACCAAGGUCUUUGCUUUGCCAACAGUCAUGGGAAGACACCAAGACCUUCGGUACAUCACUUCAGAAACGCUCUCAGCCUUAAUUCAUGGAGAAUUUAACAGUCUUGUGGAGAGGUUUUAUAUCAUUGACUGCCGUUACCCUUAUGAGUAUGAAGGAGGCCAUAUCCGGGGUGCAUUAAAUCUUGACAAACAAGAAGAGGUUUUGGAUUAUUUUCUAAAAACACCUCUGGUCCCUUCAGUGGUGCAAAAGCGAAUAAUCCUUAUAUUUCACUGUGAAUUCUCUUCUGAAAGAGGUCCAAAGAUGUGUCGAUUUCUAAGAGAGGAGGAUCGAGCUAGGAAUGAGUAUCCAAGCCUACAUUAUCCAGAGCUUUAUCUGCUGAAGGGAGGGUACAAAGAGUUUUUCCCGGAAUACAAGGAGCUGUGUGAGCCUCAGGGCUACUGCCCUAUGCAUCACCAAGAUUUCCGUGAAGAGUUACUAAAAUGUCGAACAAAGUGCAAAUCUUGGGUUGGGGAACGGAAGAGAAUGGAUCAGAUUUCCAGGCUGAUGAAACUGUAAUGAAGUGGCUGCUAAGCUUAUUCACGGCUAAAGUGAUACAUUAAGACUAAAAGGACCAAUUUUUUUUUAAAUACAUAGAAUGUUCUAAUAAUUACAACAGUUUGGACCAAUGGCACUACAUUGUUCAGUCCUAUGUUUACUUUCUAAGCACCACUGUCACUGUGAACUCCUUUUCAUAUAUGCACCUUAAAAUACAAUAUGCUAAUAUGGUGUAGUUUUAGUAGUGUGAAUUGCAUAUAUGCAGCAAAGAUUUCAUUAUAUUAGAAGUUUGUAGUCAAAUUGCAUGUACACCAGAGUAAUCAUUAUGUAUCAGAAGUGAAAUGAGAGGUAGACCACUAGAUGGCGCUGUAUCUCUUUGGAUGAGUGUUUUGAAGAAUUUCUGAUUUUAAUUAAAUUGGGUCAAUUAUAAUGACCAAGGUAUCUGACAAUAGCUGGGGUAAAAAAAAAAUCUUGGUGGGGGAUGUUUAAAACCUCAGUGUAUUCUUUUUUUUGUUGUUGUUUUUUUCUUUUGCAUGUAUUUAAUGUAUAAAGCAUUAAGAUAAUAUCUGUUUUAUAUAGUCAUCCCUGCUAUGUGAAUGAGUAUAUUGUGGUGUUAAUAGUCUUGGUCCAUAUUUCCCCAUUUCUUUGACAUAUAUA